UUCCGGUUGUCCCGGCGCGGAGUUCGCCCGUGCCCCGGAAGCAGUUGUUAGCCGCCAUACAGACGCGGGCGCCAUGUUGUUGUCCGCGGUCUCCUUUGCCAAGAGCAAGUCAAAGACGAUUCUGGUGAAAUUGGUAAGCCAAGCUGGGACAGGCUUCUCCUUCAACACCAAGAGAAGCCGCCUCCGAGAGAAACUGACUCUUUUGCAUUAUGAUCCAAUUGUGAAAAAAAAAGUCCUCUUCAUGGAACAGAGAAAAAUACGCUCCCUCUAAACAAUGGACUGAAAUGAAUUUGAUUUAUAAAUGAGAAGACUGAGGGUGGGGAUACUGAUUCAGAAAUCUUGCAGCAAGAAAUAAAAGAAGAGGAAAUGGUAUGGCCUGACCACCUCCUGUGAUUCCAAGGCUAUUGUGAAGGAAACAAUGAAGAGAAAGAAAGUUCUUCCUAUUAGGGCUGUAUCAUUGAAUCGGUUAUUUAUCUUUCUGGAUAUUUUUAUAGGCCUUAAUAAAAAAUAUUAAAACA